AAAGCUUAAAGCAAUAAUGGACUUGCAUACUGGGAAGAUAUUUGUAUGGAUAAUAAAGUUCUGCAUUUUUUGUACUGCGGCCAUCCAAACAUUUAGUAAAAGCACUUGGCAAAUGCUAAUGAAUUUGUUCCCACAACAGAAGCAAAGACAUGGCAGCCAGCAUUUUUCAAAUUUAAGGGUCUAAAAUUAGACACUAAAGUGUUUUUAGAACCCGUAAUAAAAGUGAUUGAAUUUUUACAACUGUGGAAUACUCACAGCUCUCUGCAAGUAGCUUCAUUACUCAUACAAACUAUAAGCAUUUGUAGAAGACACACAAUUUUUCCCACCAGUGUGGGAAAAAAAGCCUCAUCCUGUUAAUUGCCAAGCUCUGAUUCAUGUUCAGGGCAUUGAUAUUUAGUUCCUGGGUUCCUGCGGCAGCAGCUGAUGUUGUGUCACUGGGGUCGAUGCUCAGAGUUUUGAAAGUGAUUCAGUGGAAGUUUUGCAGGUGAUCUCUGAGGGUUGGACCAUUACUGGUUAACUGCUCUGGUAAGUAAUUCUAUAUAUGGUUAUUUACAUCAUAUCAGUUUUCAGCCCUAGAGUCUACAAAAAGAAGAACAACAAUGAAGUCGAGCAUGUCUUUGGUCAACAAAAAGAUACAACAGAGAGGAACCACAGGCUUGCUGAAUUGCAAUGACACUAGAUAAGCAAGGAUGAAAUUAGAAGACAGCUUAAAUUCUCAUUAAGAUAUGUACACAGGAUUGAAAAAAGAAUUCAGAAAAAAUUGUCCAUAUUGCUAGCAAGCAAAACACUUCUGGGAGGGAGGGAGGAAAGCAAGAGAGAACAUCAAAUCAGCCAUCCUGACCUCCACAGAUAAGAAUCAGGUUGCUGAAAGAAGAACUUGCAUUUUAAAAUACGAGCCUGAAAAAAACCCAUAUUUCUUAACAAGUUACUCUUCCAGAAUUAUACGGUUUAAAAAAUCUUAAGAAAAUUAGAUUUAUCUAGCAUCAAAAGCUUUUGCUUUUUUCCUGUCCUGAGACAAUUUUGGUUUUGAUGUUUAUUGGAUUUUUGACCCAUCUUGUUUUAACUCCUUGUGAAUCUCAACCUUUUGGAUAACUGCCAGAUACAACUUUCUUCCCAGGCUGAACUGACCAGGAUACACAACAUGCACAACAGCACUGCCGGAACUCUGCAUGUGGCUGCAGCGUGUAAUGAGACUUGGCCCACCCAGUCACCGAGCUCUGAGUUUUCACUGGGCGUGUUGGUGCUGCUGACUUUCCUCAUGGUGUUGCUAUGUCUGGUCACCAUCCUUGGAAACAUCCUGGUGAUCCUUGCUUUCAUCCUGGACAGAAAUCUCAGGCAUCGGAGUAACUAUUUCUUUCUCAAUCUUGCUGUUUCUGACUUUGCAGUGGGUGUGUUCUGUAUGCCUUUGUACAUCCCUUAUGCCCUGACAGGGACGUGGCACUUGGGACAAGGCCUGUGCAAGGUCUGGCUUGUUAUGGACUAUCUCGUGUGCACAGCUUCAGUCUUUAGCAUCGUCCUUAUCAGCUACGACCGUUUCCUGUCAGUUACAAAAGCUAUAUCUUACAGAGCCCAGCAGGGAAUAACCUCCAACCCUGCCAUCAAGAUGGUGGCCAUAUGGGUCUUAGCCUUUCUCCUCUAUUGCCCAGCAAUCCUCUUUUGGGAGCGUGUGGCCGGACACAGCGCAGUAGCGGCAGAUCAGUGCUACGCUGAGUUCUACAACAACUGGUACUUCCUCCUGUGUGCAUCCACCCUGGAGUUCUUUGUGCCACUGCUCCUGGUGAUCUACUUCAAUAUGCACAUCUUCCACAGCAUCCAGAGGCGCCAGCGGCAAGGCAGUGUGCAGGACUGUGAGCCUCCAAGGAGCAGCAGCCUGUCCUGGAGAUUUUGCCCUUUACCGAGGUCAGGGGCAUCUUCUCCUUCCUCGGAAGCAGAGGACAGUGUUUCAUCCCUAACGAGGUCGUGGAGACCAGCAGUGAUGGCUAACUGUCCAUCUAGAACAGAAACCAGUUCUACAGCUCUCAAAAGGAACUUUUCUGUUUCUUUUCAUUCAAGGACUGGGUCAAAACUGCAGCGGGACAAAAAAAUCGCGAAGUCACUUGCCAUAAUUGUCUGUGUGUUUGCCAUUUGCUGGGCCCCGUACUCUUUAUUAAUGAUUGUUCGUGGGGCCUGUCAAGGAAAGUGCAUCCAUAAUUCCUUGUAUGAAGCAGCCUUUUGGCUUUUAUGGAUCAAUUCCUCUUUGAAUCCAUUUCUUUACCCUCUCUGUCAUAUGAGGUUUCGAAUGGCUUUCAUAAAAAUAUUGUGUCCCAAAAAGUUUGCAAUGUUGAGAUCAGGUAAGACACCUUCUCUUUAGAGAGUUAAAAUAAAUGUGUUAACAAUAAGGUUCCUCUGUUAUUUAGUGGUAUUUUUUAUAUAUAUCUUCAGCAUAAACAGAGAAAAAACCAUUUGUUUAUUGAUGACAUUGGUUAAGAGUGCAGCAGAAUUAUGUAUUUGCCCUGAUAUUGCUAAUUUUUAGAAUCUUGCUUUUGGUUUUGCUAGAAUGGCACCAGAUUAAUCACCAUCUAGUGCAUCAAAAAGAAUAAAAAAUUUUGCUGGAUGUCCUCUUGGUUUGUGGGUGUGAGGUACUUUUUUUUUUUCCACUUUUUUUCCCCCUGUUUUUAAUGUCUAGUGCUGGCUUUGUUUACUGUAUACAGUGAAAGAAGUCUUUACAGAUAUCUCUGUAGAAGUUCACUGGAGGGAAAUACCAGCUUGUGUAUGUGUUGAAGUAAAAUUUAUGUCCUAUUUGUGAACCUAAAGCUCUCAGAGAAGAAACAGUUCUGCUACAUUUUUGAAAGGUUAUAUAAAUACUCACAGAAGCAGUAUAAUUUCAUUUUAUAAACUAUUAUGAAUACAAGAUAGUGCCCUGUAGUUAUUAGAAUUCCCACAGUGAGCAAUAUGCAAGAGAGUGGACUGCCUAAUCUACCGUAUCUGUCCUUUUCUAAUUUUAAUAUAGUUCAUGCCUGGUGUUGCAGGACACAGUACAUGUAAGUUAGUAAUUCUGAACGAUUUUCAGAGAAUGAAAUUUUCCAUGGAAAUGGAAUUUUGAGAUUGGUUAUCAAAAUUGUUGCAGACAUAAAUGGUUGUUAGUCUUUUCACCCAUACUGUAUUUUGUCCUGACACUCUCUUUGGUCAUGCUUAAAUGAUAUUUAGUGCCAGAUCUGUGCAGAAUUUGAUGGCCUGAAAGAUAGGCCAGGCUUGGGCACAUGAUCACUUUCCUGUUGAAUUAGCAGAGCAAGCAAUUCUAAGUUCAUGCUGGAUUUAUCAUUUUGGCUGUCUGUGCGAGAAUAGACAAUAGCCUCUCCAGUGUGAAGCUUUGCAAGUGCAAAGGUAUUCCAUCAAAAUGUCUGGAACAAAUUUGAUCCGACAGAGUGAUUUUUAUACUAGAUCAGUCUUUGUGCCCUAUUACUGUGACAUUAUAUGGAUUUUCUCUGCCACAGAACAAGUAUCAAACUGGAUUUUUUUAUCAGUGAGCGAGGGCUGUAUUCAAUGCUUGAGAACAGGAUUUACAGAGGUCUGAAAGCUGACACAGAGGUGUCUCAAGCAGCUGUUAACAAAUAAAGCAGUUGAAUGUGCAGUGCUGAAAGGAGUGGGUAGAUGUGUUGGAGAAGGCAAUGGAGCUUGAUUACAACUCAUUCCAUGUGCCAAACCUUCUUACCUUGUGUUGAGUGUUGCAACUCACCUAGAAGGCUUUCAUGGAUGGGUAAGUGAGAGUCACUGGUUACAUUGUUUUUCUCUCCUUUUAUGUAAUUUUCUUCCCCUUUGUGUGUGUAUAUGUACAGAUAUAAAUGUAUAAAAUAUGGGAAGAGAAAUGUGAUGCACAGAACAAUGAAGAGCAGUAAUCCAUUUAAAUAGUUUUUAAACUAAUUUGAAAAUGGCUGUAGAAAUGUUGCAACAGCACAGUACUCCUUUGCAAGCACAAUUCAAAUGCAUAUAAGCAGCUUAAUCAUAGCACAAAAGUUGAUGGCUUUGAAGAGCUAAAAUGUCAUUCUGUUCAGAGGUCUGGAACUGAAGACUUCUCUUGAUAGUUUUCACACUGGUGGAAGAUUAUCUUUCACCAUUCAUCCUCUUGAUGUUUUCUUGCUUCACAUGGAUAGUGUUCUGGAUUGUGAGCCUGAUUUCCAAGAGAGAUACAGCUUCAGGAGGAAGUCAUUGAUUCAGCACAGCUGUUUUUACUGUCAUGAGCUAAGGUGCUGGCAUAGAUUUUGCACAGUUUUUCACAGAAUCACAGAAUCUUUUCUGUGAGGCUUAAAAAAUCCAAACGCACACACAGAGUUAAAACAUUUAUAGAAUAGCUGGUGCACUAAGCAUCUGUUAAACAGAUAAACUGAAGAUAGGCCCAAAAUGGGAAAGUAUUUGAGUUGCCUGCUUUUCUAUCCCUAUGCUUUUAGUAUAAAUAUUCUGAUUGUAUUUUGUGAUUAAAGAAUGUGUUGCUUGUUUUGGAAAAAUGACCUACAAAAUUAUUGACUAGGUAAACUGAAUCCACAUUGUGCAGUGCUGGGAAACUAGUUUGCCAGGGAGAACAAUGUGCAGCAAAUUUGAAACAACAUAAAGUAGGGAAGCUACUGGAGAUCAAUGUUCUUUAGUUUCUGUAUUACACACAGUGUUCAAACUGUUUUGUCACACCAUUCCUGUAUACUAGAAGAAUUUGUUAUAUUUUUCUAGUUGUUGAAAAUUUUGCUUAGUGCUCACAGGGUAGGUCAAGCACUUGGUUGCUUUGCUCAUAUCAUUAAAGCUGUCUUAGUCAAGGUGGCAUUGAGUCUUCUCCCAACUGGACAUUUUCCAGAGUUAUGAUAAGAUACUUAUUCAGCAUUUGUUCUUAUAACCUGACUCAAACGGGCUUUGUUUGCCAAAGGGUUUUCUAAGCCAAGUCUCUAUCCAGUCACCCAUUUCACGUCCUUGAAUUUUCUUCUGUCUUUGCAGAUGUCAAAUAGGCCUUGUAAAUACAUAGUUACAGUCAGUAUAUGACUUUGUGAGGUUCAACUCAAAAUACACCAGUGUUUUUCUAAGUUAACCCUCUCAGGUUUUAAAAAACAUCCAACAAAUAAAACAUACAUGUUGGAAGAAAUUGUGUUA